GCGAAAUUGCUCUCUAAUUACUUUCCAACACAUGCAGCUUUUCCUUCCUCGCGGCCCACGAAAAACACCCACUCACCUCACUAUUAAAUACUCCGUAUAAUUCACCACUACCAAAUUACUUCCUUAUUUAAGCCCUUUUUCGUUUUCUCUUUCUCCUCGAUCGCCAAAAUACUCCAUUUUUUCGAAUCAAGGAAGUAGAAAAUGGCUCCUGUUAAGGUGACGAUGGAGGUGGGAACCGACGGCGUCGCCGUUAUCACCAUUUUUAAUCCUCCGGUCAAUGCUUUAGCUAUUCCAAUUAUCGCUGGAUUGAAGGAGAAGUGGACUGAAGCGACUAUGAGGAACGAUGUUAAAGCUAUUGUUUUGACUGGAAAUGGGGGGAGAUUUUCUGGUGGUUUUGAUAUCAAUGUUUUUCAGAAGGUUCAUGCGAAUGGGGAUACAUCUCAGAUGCCUGAUGUUUCUGUUGAUCUUGUGGUUAACACGAUGGAAGAUGGUAAAAAGCCUGCAGUUGCUGCCAUAGAAGGACUUGCACUGGGAGGUGGCUUAGAAUUGGCAUUGGGAUGCCAUGCACGAAUUGCUGCACCACGAGCACAACUGGGGUUGCCAGAGCUCAGUCUUGGAGUCAUGCCUGGAUUUGGAGGUACACAACGUCUUCCGAGGCUUAUAGGGUUGUCUAAAGCUGUUGAACUUAUGAUGACAUCUAAACCAAUAAUGUCUGAGGAAGGGAAGAAGCUUGGUCUCAUUGAUGCCGUUGUCCCUUCAUCAGAGUUGUUAAAAGUAUCUAGACAGUGGGCACUUGAUAUUGCAGAAAGGCGCAAGCCUUGGAUGCGUUCCCUUCACAAGACAGACAAAAUUGGUUCCCUUUCAGAAGCGCAUGAAAUACUGAAGGUGGCUAGGGAACAAGUGAAACAGACAGCUAAGAAUAUGCCUCAGCACUUGGCGUGCAUUGAGGUAAUUGAAGAAGGCAUCAUCCAUGGAGGAUAUAAUGGGGUUCUCAAGGAAGCUAAAGUAUUCAAGGACCUUGUAUUGUCAGAUACAUCAAAGGGUCUUGUUCAUAUAUUUUUUUCUCAACGGGCAACAUCGAAGGUGCCUAAUGUCACUGAUAUUGGCCUCAAACCUAGGACAGUCAAGAAAGUUGCUGUAAUAGGUGGAGGUUUAAUGGGUUCAGGCAUAGCUACAGCCCUUGCCCUUAGCAACACAAUUGUUAUACUUAAGGAAAUUAAUUCUGAGUUUCUUCAGAAGGGGAUGAAAGCUAUUGAAGCAAAUGUCAGCGGACUGGUAGCUAGAAAGAAAUUGCCACAGGAUAAAGCAGAUAAAGCCCUUUCAAUGGUUAAAGGUGCACUAGAUUAUUCAGAUUUUAAGGAUGUGGAUAUGGUCAUAGAGGCUGUUAUUGAAAAUGUUCCACUAAAACAGAAAAUAUUUAGCGAGAUUGAGAAGGUAUGCCCUCCACAUUGUAUUUUGGCAACUAACACAUCUACUAUUGACCUCAACAUUAUUGGAGAAAAUACCACAUCCAAGGAUCGGAUUAUCGGGGCCCACUUUUUCAGUCCUGCUCACAUUAUGCCUUUGCUGGAGAUAGUACGAACUGAGAAGACAUCUGCCCAAGCAAUUCUUGACCUUAUGGCUGUUGGAAAGGCAAUUAAAAAAGUACCUGUUGUGGUGGGAAAUUGUACUGGAUUUGCUGUCAAUAGAACCUUCUUUCCCUACUCCCAGGGUGCACAUAUUCUGGUUAAUCUAGGAGUGGAUGUCUUCAGGAUUGACACGCAAAUUGCCAGCUUUGGUCUCCCUAUGGGUCCCUUCCAGCUUCAGGAUUUAACAGGAUAUGGAGUGGCUGUUGCUGUAGGGAAAGAAUUUCGUUCAGCUUUUUCUGAUCGCACUUUUAAGUCUCCGUUGAUCGACCUUCUUAUAAAAAGUGGUAGAAAUGGUAAUGUUGCAAGUCUGUAUCUUUUGUGUUGUUGCUUCACUGUCUUGCUUUUCACCAUUGAUACUGGUUUUGCAGGUAAAAACAACGGAAAAGGCUACUAUAUUUAUGAGAAGGGAAGUAAGCCAAGACCCGAUUUUACUGUGCUUCCAAUUAUUGAGGAAUCAAGAAAGCUCGCCAACAUAAUGCCUGGAGGAAAGCCAAUAUCUGUCACUGACCAAGAAAUUGUUGAGAUGAUACUCUUUCCAGUUGUGAAUGAGGCAUGUCGUGUUUUGGAUGAAGGGAUAGUAGUCCGAGCCUCUGACCUUGAUGUCACAUCUGUCCUUGGAAUGAGUUUUCCAUCUUACCGAGGUGGUAUUGUUUUCUGGGCUGACACUGUUGGUGCUGGAUAUAUCUAUAGAAGUCUUAAGAAGUGGUCAGAACUAUAUGGUAAUUUCUUCAAGCCCUCAAGGUUCUUGGAAGAGAGAGCAACAAAGGGCAUCCCCUUGAGUGCACCUUCUUCUACGUCUUCAGUUUCAAGGUCACGCAUGUAAGCAGUGUGUACUCAAUGUUCCUACAACUGGGAAACAAGAUGAAUUUGAAAUAUAGACCUGUAGAGGGGCACGUAGGUCAUGCCUAUAAGCAGUGCAGGUAUAGUGUAUUGCAACAUUUCCGUGGCUCCUAGUAGAGUUCAUUUUCAAGUUAGUUGAGUGAAUGCACCAACUUUAUA